CUGCUUCGUACCUGGGUCCCACCAAUCCGGCGCUCGGGCGCCGAAGUGCGCAAUAGCAGCAUCGUAACUCGAACGACAGCCAAAUCAAGAGGACGAUCAAUAUAUGAAAUGAUUGAAUACGAUUACCUCCCUAGGUAUCAGCAGCUCUUAAAGGACCUCAGUUAUUUUUUAUUGCUAAUUACCCUCAUGCUUUUAAUCUGUUUUCCAUGAGCAAGGUAGUUCUUCCCGCCAUUGGUUUCUUCGACACGAUUGAAAAAGGAGUGACUUUUCUAAAAGUUUUGAACCCAUUUAAUUAAUACAUUUGCUUUAUUCCUAUUGAAUGAGAUGGCCGCCCCGAUAUUUGAUGUUUCCGCGGAAGAUUCAGAGAAGCAGACAUCUCCAGCCUUGGAAGACACCAACCUUAUAACAUGGGGAUCAGACGAUACGGAAAAUCCCCAUACGUGGUCUGUAAAACGAAAAUGGGUUAUGACAAUCCUCCUCAACUUUAUACCGCUGGUGGUCAAUAUGGGCACCAGUAUCUUGAGUAGAUCAACUAAGGCUCUCGAAGAAGAGUACAACGUCUCAGCAGAGGUGACUAUAUUGACCGUCACGCUGUAUCUACUCGGCUUCACCUUCGGUCCAUUAAUUUUUGGGCCAUUAUCCGAACGAAUUGGCCGCAAAGUUCCUAUAAUCAUCGGCGUAACCGCAUAUGCAACCUUCUGCCUCCCAAUCGCUUUAGCCCAGAACUUCUAUACCAUCCUUAUAUGUAGAUUCUUCAGCGGAUUAUUCGGGUCUGCCUCAAUAGCAGUGAUAGGAGGUGCCGUAGUUGACGUGUGGCCCGACCCGACUAUGCGGGGCGUUGGUCUAGAUAUUUUCAUCGCGACAGGAUACGUGGGCCCAAUGUUAGCGCCGAUCGUCGGCAGCUUCGUCACUCAGAGCUACCUCGGCUGGAGAUGGGUAAUGUGGAUAUCUGCUAUAACCGGCUACAGCUCGAUACUGCUCUACUUCUUCGUAGUCCCGGAAACGUACGGACCAGUCUUGCUGACGCAAAAAGCACAGAAGAUGCGCUUGGGAACUAGAAAUUGGGCGCUGCAUAGCAAGCUUGAGGAGAGCGAUACCGACCUAGGGUCUUUCGCAAAGGCAUAUCUCCUUCGACCUUGGAUUUUGCUAGUCACGGAGCCCAUAUAUCUAGUUGUAACAAUUUAUAUGGCUUUCGUUUACGGACUCGUCUUUCUUUUCUUCGAAGGGUUCCCCAUUGCCUUCGUCGAAAUUCGUGGAUGGGAACCUCAGAUGGGAUCGCUGCCUUUUCUAGGUUUGAUGAUAGGCCAGAUUCUAGCUACGGGGUUCACUAUCUACUGCGCACUUUCCGGUUUCACACGGAAGCUCCAGUCUACUUCAAGCGCCAUAGCCCCUGAGAGCCGUCUACCUCUCAUGAUAGUCGGAGCCGUGAUCUUACCACCGGGAAUGUUCUGGGCGGCAUGGACCAGCCAGCCAUCAAUACCAUGGCCCGCUCAAGUAGCGGCGUAUAUCCUAGUCGGAGGCGGUGUCUUCAUCAUAUUCGUACAAGGGUUCAAGUACAUUGUGGACGUCUACGCGAAUGUGGCCAAUAGCGCGAUAUCGGGAAAUACCUUUGCGCGAAGCUUCUUCGGCGCCGCAUUCCCGCUGUUUGCCCCAGCUAUGUACCACAACCUUGGUGUACCAUGGGCUACUACCCUUCUGGCUUUCAUUUCAGUAGCAUUGGCUCCCGUACCCGUGAUAUUUCUAAUAUACGGGGCCAAGAUUCGGUCGUAUUCAAAGAACGCGCUGGCAUCGGCAUAAGAUGGUUGCCGACUUUUUGAAGCAUAGUUAUCGGGAACCUCCAUUUUCAUUAUCCCGAAAAGAGAAAAACGGCACUCCAAAUAUAGCAAGGAUCCCAUUUAGUUAAGAUAACUAAAGCAGGACCAGAUUUGGUUCGGGAGUGUCGUAACUCCACUGUUACACCACGAUGUCUUC